AUGCCAUCGGAUGACGAUCUUCUCGCACGGCUGAACGCGUUGAAGAAGUCGAGCGUGAGCCUCGGCACGAAUUACAACCCUUCGAUAGCCACAUCACCUUCACCGCAGCCUACCGACGACCUCGCAGCCCGUUUCGCACGCCUUGGCUCAGCCUCUCCCUCAAGCUCGCCACAGCCUUCACGAACCACAUCUGCAGAUGAUGCGCGUACACCAGUAGCGGCACCUGGUGCGCCAAGCUAUUUGGAAGGCAUCGCAGAGGGCAUCGGCGGAAGCAAUGUCGAGUUCAAUGAAGAGGAUGAGAAGAGCCUGGAAGAGCUCCUGGGAGAGUUGAAGGAGACGGUUGGCGAUAAGCCAGAAUGGGAGUUGUCCAAUAAGGAACAGCAGGAUGUUGGGAAGCUUUUGAAGGACAUGAAGAGGAUCCUGCCAGAAGUGGUGAAUAGUAGAGCACAAGACGCGAAGACCACGGACCCAAGAAAGAAGCAAGAAGAUCUUACGGAUUGGGAGACCAUUGAGGUCAAUAUUGGCGGCGGAGAGGUCACCACCGGCACAGGCAAUGCCGCGGACGAACAUGAUGACGAGGAUGAAGAAGGCAAGAAGCCAACAGAGGACGAAGAGGCAGAUGACCUUAUUGCAAGAGUUAUGGCUGAGCUGGAGAUCAGCAGGAAGUACAAUCCGCCAUCCCCACCACCAGAAGAUGUCGAGGGUCCGAAACAGGGAGAUCCGGAGGCGGACCAACAAAACCAAAAUGGCGGUGAUCUGAGCCUUCCAUCUGCACCCACAGAUCUCCCAGAAGACGAUUUCGAGCGCACGAAAGCUAUUGAAGACGCCUUCACCGCCCGCCUUGCAGCACUAUCCGCGCCAUCUCCAGCGCAGACAGACUCCUUAGGCCUGCCAUCCGCUCCGUCUUUCUCUCCCCAGAAGAAGCCUCCUAUCGGAUCAAACCUGCAAAAAUGUAUUGACGAUGAGAUUGAUACUUGGUGUAUCAUUUGCCAGGAUGAUGCGACGCUGAAGUGUUUGGGUUGCGACAGCGACCUGUACUGCCAGCUCUGCUGGACAGAAGGCCAUCGUGGCGAAAGUGCGGGGCUCGAGGAAAGAACACACAAGGUUCUCUUGUAUGAGCGAAAAAAGAAGCAGGCGGCUGCGUAA